AUGGAGAAUUCCGACAAAACGCUGGCGGUUUAUCUAGAAUACGAUGGUGCGAAUAAAAACGAGAAGAAUUGGUGUUGUCAAGUGAAGGCGCAAUUCAAAAUAUUUCAGCAAAACGGAGGUGGAAAUCAUGUGAAAAGGGAAAUCGAGGGAUUUUAUCAUAAGGAUAGUCAUAUUUCUCGAGGAAUCGAUAUUUUGAAUUGGAGAGAUGUUUUUGGAGGAGGUUAUUAUAUUAAUUCUGAUGAUGCAAUUGUAAUCGAAGUCGAGUUCAGCUUUCAAUUUUAUGAUUUUUCGAGAAAAGAAGCGGGAUUCACGGAUUUCACAGUGUUUGUGAAUAAAGAUAAGACCUAUUUCUUUUCGAAUUCAGGGGUAAAUCACAUUUAUAACAUCUUUUCAAUUAAAUGCAUAUGAUAUUUUCAGGUUCUAUGCAAAAAAGUGGGCUAUAUUCACAACAAGGUCGUAACCGAGAAAACAAUUUACUCGAAAACUCUCCCAGUAUGGAAUUUCACACUGUAAAUGCUGAAGAAUUCUGCCAAAUUCUGAUGAAUUUCAGCCCGAUGUACAACACAAUUAAGAAUGAUGAUUAUGCUAAAUUUAUCGAGCUGGCAAAAAAGCUCAAUUGUUUAUCACUUCAUCAACGUUGCGAGCAUUUCCUUAUUCAAAAUCAACAAGUCAAAUUAAUCGAUAAAUUCAAAUAUGCUCAAGAUAAUGAUUAUGAACUUCUGAUGGUUAGAAAUUCCCGCUAAAAUCGAUGAAAAACUUGAUUUUUUCAGGUGAAAUGCAUUGAUUCGAAUGCAAAUCAAAAAUUUGCAAGGAGAAGCGAAAUUCGGGGAGUUGAGCGAUGCGACAAAGUUGAGAAUUAUGAAUCGGCUUUUGGAUUAUUUUUGAAUGAUUUUGAGUGA